AUGAGCUCAAGCGAGCCCACCAAAGACGAUGUGGUGAAGAAACCAGAUGCCGACGAAAAGAAAGAUGCCAACGACCCUGCUGAUGGCGAAGAGCUCCGGUUCACACCAGAAGAAGAGGAAGCUUUGGUGAAAGAGUCAGAUACGUUAAAGCAAGAAGCAAACGCCUUAUUCGCUUCCAAACAGUAUCAAUAUGCCCUGAAUAAAUACGACGACGCAAUCAACUCAUGUCCCAAAUAUCUGCACUACCCUCGUGCGGUAAUCUAUAGCAAUAUCGCAGCCUGCCACAUUCAGCUCGAGGAUUGGAAGGAGGCCAUAAAGUCCGCGUCAGAUUCUCUCAAAUCUUUGGAAAAGCUUGAACAGAAUGACCCUCGCCUGCAACACGAUGGGAAAAAGGAUGGCGAAGAAAAAGCCAAGAAGGAGGCGGACGAUGUGGAAGAAGAGAUCAUCAGCAGCGGUGCUUCGCGUGCCGCCCCAGCGCCCGAGUCAGUUGAUGAAGAAGUCAAAAAGCUCGAGGCAAACAUUCAGCGCAUACGAUGCAAAGCUCUUAUGAGGCGGGCUCGUGGCCGAACUGAGGCUGGUGGCUGGCAUAACCUUGCUGGUGCAGAAGAAGACUGCAAGGCUCUCGCUGCCAAACCGGAAAGUCUGGCUCCGGCUGAUCUCCGAGUGGUCCAGAAGCAAUUGAGAGAAUUGCCUCCACGGGUAAAGGCUGCACAGGAGAAAGAGAUGGGCGAGAUGUGGGGUAAACUGAAGGACCUUGGAAACGGCAUUCUAAAACCCUUUGGGCUGAGUACGAACAAUUUCCAGAUGGUCAAGGACGAGAACACUGGAGGCUACAGUAUGAACUUCCAGCCUGGAGGAAAAUCUCAAUGA